AUGCAUGCCUACCUGCCCACUUGGACCAACCAGCAUGCCUACCUGCCCACUUGGACCAACCGACAUGCCUACCUGCCCACUUGGACCAACAGGCAUGCCUACCUGCCCACUUGGACCAACUGGCAUGCCUAUCUGGCCACUUGGACCAACCGACAUGCCUAUCUGCCCACUUGGACCAACCUGCAUGCCUACCUGCCCACUUGGACCAACCGACAUGCCUACCUGCCCACUUGGACCAACCGACAUGCCUACCUGCCCACUUGGACCAAACAGCAUGCCUACCUGCCCACUUGGACCAACCGACAUGCCUACCUGUCCACUUGGACCAACCGACAUGCCUACCUGCCCACUUGGACCAACCGACAUGCCUACCUGCCCACUUGGACCAACAGGCAUGCCUACCUGCCCACUUGGACCAACAUGCAUGCCUACCUGCCCACUUGGACCAACAUGCAUUACUACCUGCCCACUUGGACCAACCUGCAUGCCUACCUGCCCACUUGGACCAACCGGCAUGCCUACCUGCCCACUUGGACCAACAGGGAUGCCUACCUGCCCACUUGGACCAACUGGCAUGCCUACCUGCUAACUUGGACCAACUGGCAUGUCUACCUGCCCACUUGGACCAACCGGCAUGCCUACCUGCCCACUUGGACCAACCAGCAUGCCUACCUGCCCACUUGGACCAACUGGCAUGCCUACCUGCCCACUUGGACCAACCGACAUGCCUACCUGCCCACUUGGACCAACUGGCAUGAUUACCUGCCCACUUGGACCAUUCUGCAUGCCUACCUGCCCACUUGGACCAACCGGCAUGCCUAA